AUGACGAAGGUGAUACUCUAUGCGAGGUUCCCUACUUCGUAUAAGGACGAUACAGAUGGCUCUGAAGAAAAAAAGGCUGACAUACCUGCUAGAGUUGAUAAUAAUUGGACAUUUGAAGCCGGACAGUCGCAACUGCUAGGGCUGGGUCUUGAAGCAGCAGCUUCACAGUGGGCAGCGGACAAGGUACUUGUACCUGAUGCUAGAUUGUUAGUAGACGACAAGGUCUGCAUGCUACCAGUGUUAUUGACCAAGGGCGGUGCAAGCCAUUAUUGUUACAUAACUGCUAAUAUGUUGAUAAAGUCAGUCACCCCAAAGAAAGGCACACUUCGGGGAAGAUUGACUGAUGCAACCCGGGACUUGGAACUAGUAAACAACAGAUUGUACCGAAGACCAACCGAUAAUUAUCCUUUUAAGCGGGAAGUGGUAAAAGCAUUGGAAAUUCUGGCCGUAAUGCAACAACGCCAUAAUCAUCUUCACUCUGGUCAUCAAAGUGUAGAAGGACUUUUCUUUAAGUUGCUCAGAAGUACUACUCGGUCCGGAUGCUACAAUACGGUGGGGGAGUAUGUAGCGUCAUGUCAUACGUGUCAGCAUUACGGUCCCAGAAACACACCAACAUAA